ACAGAAAACAAAACUGGCUGUGACGAAAACAGAGCCACAGAGAAACUUCUAUCCAGAUGGCAGCGUUAAUCAACUAUUCACAGCUGACUUGCAGACAGCUGUCUUCUUCUUCAUUUUCGAUUUUGUGUCAAAAGUUGGGUUAAUUGACUAUCUUUGAUCUUUCUUCUAAAUAAUAUACUAUUAUUCUAUUACUUGUCAUCUUUUGCUAAAUAUUAUUUGAAUGUAAUUUGGUAAACCAUUUUUCAACUUCAAUACAGUCAAUCACAUAUUUCAAAAUAGCGGACGCAAUGCUAAGACCGAAAAUCUUGACUCAGGUUCUGAGUCAGGCCAACACAAGUGGUGUGGAAAAUACAUUAUUACUGAACCAUGAAGGGACAUUACUGGCUUAUUCUGGAUACGGAGAUAGGGACGCCACAGUCACGGCUGCUAUAGCGAGCAACAUUUGGAAAGCUUACGAGAAAAAUGGCCGAACUGCUCUCAAGGAAGACAAAUUGCAAAUGGUCCUUAUCGAAUGCUCUGAGGGCAAAGUAGCUAUCACCCAAGUAGCUAACAUACUGCUCUGUUUGUAUGCCAAGGAAACGGUCGGUUUUGGAAUGCUACGAGAAAAGGCAGAAGCUCUAGCGACGUAUUUGGAUGGACCUUUGAAACUUGUUACUACCUCUUGAAAUUUAUACAUAUUAUCCCAUCUAUUUUGUUACUAAGAGUAUUGUUGUAAUAUAUUAUAAAAUAUUAUUGAUGACGUUUUGCAGAGUGUCUGUAAGUUUUGAUAAAAUGAAUGCUGUACAAUAGUUGUUAAGAAAUACUCAUAAUAAGGUUAUAGACUCAAUGUGCCGGUUUUACAACAGUCGCUUAAAUUUUAACCGUGAUUAAUUCCACGAGAAUCAAUCAGAGAAGACGUCUUUUCAAAAACACCUUCUCUAAUUGGUUCUCUUGAAAUUGAUCACGGUUUAAAUUUAACCGGAUGUUGUGCAACCGGGCCAAUAUGUUCUAAUAAAUAAAUAUAACUUCUGUUCAAUAUAAUUUAGAAACAUUGAAUUAAAAAGAAUAAGAAAUCAUCAAAAAACACAGAUUAAUUAUUGAUACUUAGAAACUAAGAUUUCUAAGUAUUAAUAAAUCUGUGGUUUUUUGACGAUUUCUUACUCUUUUUCAUUCAAUAUGAAUAAUUACCACAAUAUCAACUUCUCAACUACACAAAAAGUAAUUUAGAAACUUUUAAAUUUAUAAGAUGAAUGCUGUACAAUAUUAAAGACUUAUAACAACUAUACCGUACUCAAAAUGUCCAUGUUAUAAUACAUUUAUCUACUCUUUAAUAUAAUUUACAAACUUUUCAAAGUCUACUAUCAGUGUAUUUUCAGGUCAAUUAUGUUGAAUCAUUCCUACUAGUUUUUCCAUGUUUCUGCACCAAAAUAUUGUAAAAUGUGAAAUAAAGAUUUAAUUGAUAUAAAA